AUGAUGACAUAUAUUGUGUUUAUUUUAAGUACUGUGUUUGUAGUUGGGUUUGUGGGGUUUUCUUCUAAGCCCUCUCCCGUUUAUGGAGGGGUUGGGUUGAUUAUUAGUGGUGGGGUCGGGUGUGGUAUUGUUAUAAAUUUCAGUGGCUCGUUUCUUGGUUUGAUAGUGUUUUUAAUUUACUUGGGGGGAAUAAUGGUGGUUUUUGGUUAUACAGCGGCUAUGGCUACGGAAUUGUAUCCGGAGGUGUGGAUUUCAAAUAAGGUUGUUCUUGGGGCGUUUGUGUCUGGGUUGCUAAUGGAGGUGCUGUUAGUUUUGUACGUAUUGAAAGAGGGGAGUGUUGGGUUUAUAUUUGAGUUCAGUAGCUUGGGGGACUGGGUUAUUUAUGAUGUUGAGGAUUCCGGGUUUUUUAGUAAGGAGGCUGUUGGAAUUUCUUCUUUAUACAGUUAUGGGACGUGAUUGGUGAUUGUUACUGGGUGAUCUUUGCUUAUUGCGGUUGUUGUUAUUAUGGAGGUUACUCGUGGUGGUUAG